GUAAAUUCCUUUGGUCUGGCUGUAAGGGAGGUUGGUAGCGGCAGAAAUACAUCAGCAGAACAGAGCUUGUAAACUGUUGUUGGAGUGUAAAAGAAGGUCUUGGAUAGCACAGCUGAUUUUUCUUUUCCCUCAGAUCCUGAUUGGAUUCCCUGUUAGUUGUUUUGUGAAGAUCUCACUUGUCCCGGUGCGUUUCUGCAACAUUAGUUUGAAGUCUUAUUGUAGUCUUUAUAGUAAGCAUGUAUGCUGACGCAAUUUCUUCCGUCCCGCGACAAAAGGGAAUCUGCUCCUUUGGGGCAGGGGGUGUAAAAUGCAAGUUGUGAUGCAAAGUGCUCCCGUUCCAGCGGGUCUCGCUGCCAGUCGUGCUCGUGUCGCAGCUCGGAAGGAGCCGUGGGGCCCGGGCAGCUCCUGCGGCGGGGCCAGCGGCAGUGCCCGGGUGCCGGAGGUGCGGUCCCGCCGGCUCUGUUGAGGUUCUCCAGCUGCACUGAUUUAUAUCGGUUAAUGACAGCCCGUUUUUAAUAUGAAUGAAGCGUGUAGCCAAGCUCCAUUCUGUGGAUCAGUUUGAAAGCCGAAUAGCUGCAAGCAGAGCUGAGGGCUGGCUUGUUGGGAAGCGUAGGGAAGCUUGGUCAGGAGGAGGGAGCUUGUUUAACAGUCAGAGUUUCCCACAGUGUCCUAAGAUGCUUUACCCUGGUGACUCUUAACCUUUUCUGCACCCAGACGUUGUACAGACUUAAUUAACACUAUUUAAGAUUGCUUAAGAUUUAAAUAUACACAAAACCUGAUGUGGACCCACAUAAGCUGGCUGUCUUCUUUAACUGUAUUUUGGAUGGGAUUUUCUUUUACUUCACUGCCAUCUAUAGAAACGGAUGAAUAUUUUUAGCAGUAAAAGACCCUGAAUUCUACGAAAAAUCAAGCAAGGCUUUUUAUCAACUUUCUGAGAGGAAAGUGCUAAGGCUCCAUAUUUCACCAGAUGUCCUUCUGCCUGACUGAGAUGUUUCUGUGGUCUUUGAAGACCAACUUACAUAUUAGAGAUGAAGACAUUGGGAUCCACCAGUACUGUGACAAGAAACAAUCAGCAUCACAGACGAAGUACAGUUACUUAGAAGAGAAGCAAAAGCUAGCAGAAUCUCGAGAUUAUCCUUGGAUCCUGAAAACCAAGCGAGCAGACAAACUGCGAGAUGCACUCAAGGAGGUGGAGGACUUAAUGCAGAACAGUCCAUGUGUGCUGAGCAAGUGGAAGAACAAACAUACCUGUCAGCUCCUCUUUCACUCAGGUAUUUUGGUGUCCCUAAGCCUUUCUGGGCCACAGCUGGAGAAAGUGGUGAUUGACAGGACCCUGGUGGGGAAGCUCAUCUCCGACAUCAUCAGUGAUGCUGUUCUUACAGACAAUUUCAUCAUCUUGUCAUUUGAGGACCAUAACCAACUCUGCUUUAUUCAGUUUACAAAGACGAUGGAUUGUCCCGAUGUAAACAAAAGACUGGAAAAACUCUCUUGUUUGGACUCUAAGAUCUCUUAUGUUGAUAUACUUGGACCAGAAGGUAGAAGGAUGAAACGUCACCUGGCAAUAAACUGUAUGCAAGAUCUGGUGAUUUGCUGGUGGUCAGCAACCAGUGAUGGAGCAUGGCCUUGGUCUCCUAUUUCCUGUCAGAGGGACAGAGCCAACCUAUUGCUAUUAGGCUGUGCACAUGGCAAAUUGGAGGUGCUGAGUUACGUGCGCACGGAGUGGGAGCCCCUGGAUGCCAGGUUCAGCUCUGUGCAGCCCCAGCAGGUGCUGACUGUGGAGCACUCGGUGUCGGCAGCCAAGGAGCCCAUGGCCGACAGCUGCGUCUACAAGUGCCUCAGGAACCGAAUGCAGUGCGCCGCCGUCACCAGGGUCCCCCUGCCUGCCAGGGCCAUCAGCUGCUGCAGGGAUGUGACAGAAGACAAACUGGUGCUGGGCUGUGAAGACUCCUCAGUAGUUCUGUUCGAAGCCUACAGCCAAGUGACUCUGUUGGCCCAAGCCAAGCUGCUCCCUGCUGUAAUAACCUACCACCCUUCCGGAGCCGUGCUGGUGGUUGGCAGCUCUCAAGGGGAGCUGCAGCUUUUUGACACGGCGCUGUCCCCAAUUAAAAUUCAGCUCUUGGCACAGGACUAUUCACCUGAGGCAACUCUGCAAUUCAGUAAACACUGUGAUGUGCCCACCAGCCUCAUCCAGAUCCAGUGGGCUGCUCCUCCAGGUGCAUUUCCCAGUCCUGACAGCGUGGAUAUUCAUGAUCUUUUGUUGGUUAGAUUUGAUAAAGGACCCUUGGGAGUGCUUCACUUUAAACUUGGUGUGCUCACAAGAGGACAACUGGGCCUUGAGGAAAUCAUCCACCAGUACAUUCGUUAUGAUGAGAUACAGGAGGCAAUUAAUGUCCUGAGCACCAUGAACUGGAACAUGAUGGGUCAGCGGUGCUUUAUCUGCCUGAGUGCCAUUUGCAACCAUCUCCUUAAACAAAAGCUUACACCAGCCAGAGAAGCACAGCUUGAGGCAAGCCUUGGAACCUUUUAUGCUCCAACAAAACCUCUCUUGGAUAGAACUGUGCUGGAGUACAGGGACCCCAUCAGCAGAUAUGCAAGAAGGUUCUUCCACCACCUGCUCAGGUAUCAGAGGUUUGAAAAAGCAUUUCUGCUUGCUGUUGACAUCGGCGCUCGGGACCUGUUCAUGGACAUCCAUUACCUUGCUCUAGAUAAGGGUGAAUUGGCACUAGCUGAAGUGGCAAAGAGAAAGGCUAAUGACAUUGAUGCAGAAUCAAUAACUACUGGAAUUGAACUUCUGGGGCAGUCAGAUGAAGAAGACCCAUCUUGUGAAGCUUUUCCUGACCAAUCUCCAGAGCAGGCAGGAGGGUGCAACCCGCCUGCCCUCGGCCCUGCUGACAGACCACCAACGCAGAGCUUCUCCCACAGACCCACCAGCCACAGACAAGCAGAGGACACUGAGCCUGGAGCGGAUGGCCACACCACCUCCCUGAUCAAGAAAACAUUUUCCAGCAGCCAGGAAGGAAAUAUGAAAGCCGUUCCUUCAGAGCAGGAGACUGGAGCCAGUGGGUCUCUCCAAAUUGUGCACUUUGGGCUGGUGUGACUGAGCUGCCAAAGCAGAGAAGAGGAAACCUCACCAAGGUGGUGAAGUUCACCUGCCCUGGGAAGUCCUUCAGCAAACUUCCAGCCAGCCCUGGGUCUGACCACUGGCAGAUGACAAAACACCAGGCUUAGAAAAUAUCCCGUUCUUAGACCUCUAAAUUAUUUCUGAGUUCAUAUUGGUAUGUCCAUGCACAAAGUGCCCUGUGUUUGCUUGUGGAGGGCAACUUGGUGAUAUUUUCAUCAAAGGUGUCAAAAAAGUGAGUAAUUGCUGAUCCCCAUUUACUGGACAAACUCAGUGCUGAAAAAUUUGGUGGGGUUUCUUGGAUGCAUGCAUAAGCUUUUCAGGAGAAAGUCUGUAAUUCUCUAUGCAUUAUAUGUUUUUACAAUCUUCACUUGGAAGCAGAUUUGAAUUUCCACUUAAGGCUCUGAAAACCGUCCUAUUGAGAUACCAGCAGAUAAGAUCUUCACUCAUGAUACCUCUAUGAAAGAGCAGCCUUUCACAGUCAGCAGCAUUUUUCAAAGAAUGCUCUCAAUUUUCAAAUCUAGAUAUAUCAUCUUAGUUGAAUAACCAUUAUUUUGCCUUGAAAAAAAGAUGCGGAGCCUCUUAAGCAUCAUUCCAUUGGAGUCCAGAUUUUAAUCUCCCUCCUCUAACCACAAAGAGAAAAUGCACUGAGAAGAGGACCUGUGCCAGCCCUCUCUGUCUUUUUCUGGCAGUGAAGAGGGGCGAGCAUCGUCGUGGGUCCUUCCUCCCACCACCUGAUGGAGCGCAGAGUGUACGGACACAGAUGUAAAAAAAUAAAAAACCAAAACCCACAAGACAUUAGAACUAUUUCAUUAACAAAAAUUCUGCUUUUGCCCAAAUAAAAUAUUUAUAGUCCACUUUCCCCUGUGAGUCAAAGUUCUGCUGCCUGAUGGGUGAUUUUGGUUGCACCCUUUUGGCACUUCGUCCCAAUCUGCAUCUUUGCACGCGUGUAUUCAAAAGAGACACUUUGGUUGGAGGUUUGAAGGGAGCCAAGGGCUUGCAGCCCGCAGGGUUUUGUACACUCAACAGGGAAAGACAAAUAAAGAGAGCUU